AUAUCUUAUUUAUAUACAUUAAUUGUCUUGAGUACAUUCUAUGGAGUCCAAAAAUGGAGGCCUUCUAGCUGAUCAUGAUCGCGGAAAAUAUGACUCUUCUCAAGUUCAUGCCAUGAUAGCUGAGACUGAUCAAAUCCAGAAAACUGGUGUCUACAGACCGAAUAUCUGGAAAUAUGAUCGUAUCGAGGCCCUUAGAAAUGAAUAUGCUGAUGAGAAAUACGAAAGAAUGCUAGGGAAGCUGAUAGGGGAAGUACAGGGCCUCCUUUCUAAUACAGCUGACACUUGGGAAAAGUUGGAGCUUCUUGACAACAUGGAAAAACUUGGCUUGACCUAUCUCUUUGAGCAUGAAAUCAAGAAAGUUUUAGACACAUUAGUGUCCAACAACAACUUGAAUCUUGAUGGUGAAAAGGAUCUUUACAAUACUGCUCUAUUUUUUACAGUCCUCCGUAAACAUGGCUUCCAUGUCUCUCAAGAUAUGUUUGCAGACCUGGUGGAUAAUACACAUUCGGAUAUGAAAGCUAUGCUCAAGCUUUUCGAAGCAUCUCAUCUUGCCUUCGAAGGCGAAAACAUAUUGGACAGAGCAAAUUUGAUUUCAAGAAAUUACCUCAAGAGCAUCGGCUCAUCUGCAGAAGAUGCUUCUCUUGCUAAUGUAACCCGCAGUUUAAAAGACCCGUAUAACAUUUGGUACAAUGUCAAGACACAAAUACGAUUUCACGGAAAAAAUACCAACUCCAGCUCUCAUUUACUCAAUCUAGCCAGGUACAACUUCAACAUGAUUCAGGCCACACAUCAAAAGGAAGUAAAAGAGCUGUUAAGGUGGUGGAAGGCACUAGACUUGAAAAGAAGUUUACCAUUCAUCAGAAAUAGAGUAAUGGAAAGCUUUGUGUGUGCAGUUGGAAUUGUUUCUGAACCGAAAUAUGGAAGCUUGAGGAAUUGGUUAACGAAAAGCAUUACACUAAUACUAGUGCUAGAUGAUGUUUUUGAUGCAUCUGGUUGCACUUUGGAGGAACUGGAAAACUUUACUAGUGCUCUAAACAGGUGGGAUGGUGAGCAAAAUGAAAAACUUUCAGCGGGUAUGAACAUUUGUCUGCAGACUUUGUAUGAUACCAUCAAGAACAUUGCAUCCGAAAUCGAGGAUGUGUAUGGUUGGAAUUCUGUUUCACCUCAUUUACAGAAAGCGUGGACAACAUUUUGCCAGUCAAUGCUGAAGGAAGCAAGGUGGUUUAACACGAAAUACACACCAUCACUGAAAGAGCAUACUGACAACGGACGGAACUCCUCGUCUGGUCCUUUACUGUCUCUUCAUAUAUUCUUCGCGCUUGUAACCAAAACCGAACCAAAUCAAGUCAUUGAGCUUCUCCAAUGCACAGCCAAACACCAACACAAUGUGGCGCUCAUCUUUCGGCUAUGCAACGACUUGGGAAAUUAUGCAGUAGAAAUUGAAAGAAGUGAUGCUUCAUCAUCGAUCCAGUGCAUUAUGCAAGAACAAGGUGUUUCAGAAGAAGUAGCUCGAGAUCAGAUCAAACACAUGAUAGCUAAUGCAUGGAAGAAGAUCAAUUAUCAGUGCCAAACACAAUCUCCAUUGUUGCAACCAUACCUCAAGUACUCGGCAAAUAUUGCGAGAGUGGCACAUGUUGUGUAUCAUAACGGAGAUGGGGUUUCGAAUGCGGAUGGCAUGACCCGGAACCAAGUCAUGGAUCUCCUCAGUGAACCUCUUCUACUCACCUGACAUAAUCAUCCUCUUCAAAUACUGUCAGGCCAAUCAAUUAUGAUCAAAUGGAACAAUUAGGGAAAAAAAUAAUAAAAUAAGCCUCAAUAGUUAUUGAGGUGUUAAUUGUUAUGAUAUUGUUACAUAUC